UGGGCCGGCAGACAGCAACACCAUGGCCGACCAACCACCUCGGCGAUUGACUGGCGCUCGGUAUGGCCCUUGGCGAGUGGUCGGCGCGCCGUCGGCGGCAAGUGCUCAACUACCACGACGUGCAGCUGUACGAGUCGGACGUGGCGCUCUUCUCGGGGCGGCAAUGGCUCAACGACAACGCCGUCAACUUCUACCUGCAGUUCCUGACGCAGACCGUGGCCUCGGACGACGUGCUGCUCAUGGACCCGGCCGUGGUCUCGUGUCUGCUGCACCAGUGCGAGGAUGAGGACGAGUUCCAGGACCUGGCGAGGGGCGUGAACCUGGCGCAGAGGCGGCUCUGCCUCGUCCCAGUGACCGACAACGACUUGCUGGGCGGAGACAGCAGCCACUGGUCGCUCCUACUCUUCGCCAAGGGCGAGUUCAGGCACUUUGACUCGAGCGCGGGCCACAACAGACACGCGGCUCGGCGCGUGGCGAGGUCCUUUGAGCAUCUGCUCAAAGCAACAGGUCGGCACGACGGAGACGGCGCUGCCGACCGAGUGGAGGAGGUGCAGGACGCCCCGCAGCAGCAGAACGGCUACGACUGCGGCGUGUACGUGCUGGUGCUGGCCGAGUACUUCUGUCGCCGGCACCGAGUGACGGAACUGCGGCUGCACAUGCCCAAACUCAUCGCCGAGCUGCAGCGGACGGAGGCCGGGCGAGGCUAA